UCUGUCCAAUCGCUACUCGAUUUCAGCCACCGAUUCGGAUCCAUACGGUUUCACUGGAUGUCUGGCCAACAUUACUGUGAAGGCUGGUGUGCCUCAACACCACCAGCUACUCCAGCUAUCCCAACUCGAUGCAAGACAGACGGCAUGGCUCGGCUUGCCCAAAGUACACCGGCCCAGUAUUGGACCAUUUCCCACUGACGCGGCCACAUUCCAGCGCGAGGCACCUCUCUGCCACAUA